GGCCCCACUGCUGAGUCCGGCAGCCUCUGGGCUCUGCACAGGCAGCUGCCUCCAGCCAUGGGAUUGCCAAGUGCAGCAGCACCUCACUUGAAUGGAAACUUCCUUUCAAAGGGGGAGGGGAGUCCCUGAUUGGUGGCAACUUCCAGGACUGCCUUGAGCGGUAUUUGGACCCGAUUCAUCUGCAUCCUCCAACCUUUUGUCCCCAGUUCUUCACUGAGCUGGGUGAGGCAGGAGCUCUGCCAGCUGCCAGGAGCAGAGGGGAAGUGAAGAAUUUGUUCCCUGUUCCAGCUGAGGCUCUUAGUUCCCUCCAAGCCCUUCACCAAAUCAGUCACAGGAGAAUGGAGAAAGACCUGACCAGGAGCCACAGCCACACCUUUCUGAGGUGACUUCAGUGUCCUGGCUCACACAGAGAAAACUCAAGCUAUAGAGACCAUACUCCAGUGACCAUACUCAGCUCAUCUUAGUUGUUCUGGGGGUCUAGGGAAGUCCAUGGCUUUUCCAGCCCUGACAUUUACGUAUUUCCUCUCCCGUUGGCUUCUCUUCAGCCAGUGGUCUUGUUUGCACCUCCACUGUCUGCCCAGUUGAUAUGCAAUGUGGGUUUGGCACAGCACACCAGCAGUGGUUAGGGAGGUUUGUUGCCGAAGCUUGGCAUAAAUGCCAUCUCAAAUAUUUAAUUAGGCAACUCUUGGAAGAUGCUUAGAACAAAUUACUCAUUUAUUUCACAAAUACAUUUUUGUUACUUUGUGCAAUGCAUGAUACUGGGCCUGGCGCUGGAGAAAAAAGCCACGGAGCUCACAUUCUAGUGUUCGAGUCCGUGAUUAUUAAUCCUAUUUAUAGAUGGGGGAAAGAGGCUCAAGGUCCACAGUCGAUAAAGGACUGAGCUGAAACUUUUAAACACCGGCUGAAUUCCUCGAGGAGUCUCGGUGAGCGAUCACUCUCGCUCCGAGGCCAGGGACUCCCAUUCCUCAGAAUCCUUUCGUGCGGCCCCUUCGUCCGCUCUUCCUCUCGGAGAUCUGGACUGUCGUAAACCCCAAGGCCGUUGUUCUGCUCUCUGCUCCAGCACUGACUCCGGAGGUCCGCAGACUGAUGGAAGAAGGUGGUGGGCGGGCCGUAAAUCCUGGGCUUGGACAGCUCAGUUUGUUAGGCGGGGCGUGGGAGGGACAAGCUCCGCCCCCCGCGCGGCGUCCUUGCCGUGUGCGCACGCGCGGGAAGCCGCGCUCCUCCCCAAAGGCCCCGCCCACAACUUCGGGACGUCUGCAACGCGCGACGUACUUCGACGGAUAAAUGCUGUGGCGCUGGGAGUCUGAGCGCUUCGGCCCGUAGGUACUGGGCCGGUCUGGAUGUUUGGUGGCUUCGUGGCCAGCGGCAGCGCCUGAGCCUGCUUCUGCUUCUCUGUGCCAUGGCGGACGAAGGGAAGUCGUACAACGAGCAUGAUGACCGUGUUAAUUUCCCUCAAAGAAGAAAGAAAGGCCGGGGUCCUUUCCGGUGGAAGUAUAGUGAGGGGAAUCGUCGAUCUGGACGAGGUGGUUCUGGUGUUCGUACUUCCCGCCUUGAGGAAGAUGAUGGAGAUGUAGCAAUGAGUGACGCCCAGGAUGGGCCCCGAGUACGAUACACCCCCUAUGCCGCUCGUCCCAACCGUCGGGGUGAUAAUUGGCAUGAUCGAGACCGAAUCCAUGUUACCGUACGGAGAGACACUAGGGCUCCUCCAGAAAGAGGAGGGGCUGGCACCAGCCAGGAUGGGACCUCGAAGAACUGGUUCAAGAUUACAAUUCCUUAUGGCAGAAAAUAUGACAAAUCUUGGCUGCUGAGCUUGAUUCAGAGCAAGUGCAGUGUCCCUUUCACCCCCAUUGAGUUUCACUAUGAGAACACCCGGGCCCAGUUUUUUGUUGAGGACGCUAGCACCGCUUCUGCAUUGAAGGCUGUGAACUAUAAGAUUUUGGAUCGGGAAAACCGACGGAUAUCUAUCAUCAUCAACCCCUCUGCUCCACCCCAUACUGUGCAGAAUGAACUGAAGCCAGAACAAGUAGAGCAGCUAAAGCUGAUCAUGAGCAAACGAUACGAUGGCUCCCAACAAGCGCUUGAUCUCAAGGGCCUCCGUUCAGACCCAGAGUUGGUGGCCCAGAACAUUGAUGUGGUACUGAAUCGUAGAAGUUGUAUGGCGGCUUCCCUGAGAAUAAUUGAAGAGAACAUUCCUGAGCUAUUGUCAUUGAACUUGAGCAACAAUAAGCUGUAUCGGCUGGAUGACCUGUCCAGUAUUGUGCAGAAAGCACCCAAUCUAAAGAUCCUAAAUCUCUCUGGAAAUGAGUUGAAGUCAGAGCGGGAGUUGGACAAGAUAAAAGGGCUGAAGCUAGAAGAGCUAUGGCUUGAUGGAAACUCCCUGUGUGACUCCUUCCGAGACCAGUCCACCUACAUCAGCGCCAUCCGUGAACGAUUUCCCAAGUUAUUACGCCUGGACGGCCAUGAGUUACCCCCUCCAAUUGCCUUUGAUAUUGACACCCCUACGAUGUUACCGCCCUGCAAGGGAAGCUAUUUUGGAACUGAGAACCUGAAGAACCUGGUCUUGCACUUCCUGCAGCAGUACUAUGCAAUUUAUGACUCUGGAGACCGGCAAGGGCUCCUGGAUGCCUACCACGAUGGGGCCUGCUGCUCCCUGAGCAUUCCUUUUACUCCCCAGAAUCCUGCCCGAAGCAACUUGGCUGAGUACUUCAAGGAUAGCAGGAAUGUGAAGAAACUCAAAGACCCUACCCUGCGGUUCCGGCUGCUGAAGCACACUCGCCUCAAUGUGGUUGCCUUCCUCAGUGAGCUGCCCAGAACUCAGCAUGACAUCAAUUCCUUUGUGGUAGACAUAAGUGCUCAGACAAGCACGUUGCUUUGUUUUUCUGUCAAUGGAGUCUUCAAGGAAGUGGACGGAAAGUCUCGGGAUUCUUUGCGAGCCUUCACCCGGACGUUCAUCGCUGUUCCUGCCAGCAAUUCAGGGCUGUGCAUCGUGAAUGAUGAGCUGUUUGUGCGGAAUGCCAGUCCUGAAGAGAUCCAAAGAGCCUUCGCCAUGCCUGCACCCACGCCUUCCUCCAGCCCUGUGCCCACCCUCUCCCCGGAGCAACAGGAAAUGUUGCAGGCGUUCUCCACCCAGUCUGGCAUGAACCUCGAGUGGUCCCAGAAAUGCCUUCAGGACAACAACUGGGACUACACCAAAUCUGCACAGGUCUUUACUCAACUCAAGGCUGAGGGCAAGAUCCCAGAAGUGGCAUUUAUGAAGUGAUCCAUAGCCCCACAGAAGAAGCCCCCCUGUAAAUAGCCCUUGGAUACUGUUGUCUGGUCGUCGUGGUUGUCGUCUGCUCCUCUCCUGCCCAAGGCCACCCUGUGACUGUGAUUGAGGGAGGGGGGCCGCUGGAUCCCUCCCCUCACCUGCCUUCUGGAAGACUUCCGGAAGACUGAGCCUCACUGGUGCCAGGAAGCCAAAGCUUACUUUGUAGAACUGACACUAACUACUCGAAGGACUUAGGUGCUUUGUGUACUUAACUCCUAGAACCCUCCUUACUUUUUAAGAUAAAGAGUGGUAUUGUA